AUGAGCUAUCAAAAGCAUUUGAAGGAUAAGAUCAUUUCGGUCAAAGCUGAGAUGCAGGCCGACGGGCCGAUUUCUCAGCAGCAAAUUGUGAUUAUAUACAGCUCUAGUGCCCCCCCUCCGAAUGAAGGAGGAAAAGACGAAAGGUUCAGAGCCCGACGGCUAGCUGCAGAGAGGGUGGGCAACGCGGCAAGCGGCACUACAAGCGAUGCGGUGAUCAGCACCACAAGCAGCGACACCACUACCGGCAAGUCAACGGCAACGGCAACGGCGCAACAGCCACCUCAGGAGACAUCGACUCUGCCACAACAAUGGGACUCGCUCGAGUACGGAGAGCUCCAGGUGUGGGCGCGGAUCCUCAAGGCUGAGGCGCCCAAGAAAUUCAAGGGCGAGACGGUGCCCUUGCCGCACUCCAGCUGGAACAUUUUCAUCGAGUCGGUCGCUCUGAUUCGGCACAAGGCGGUCCAUCGCGAGCCGCUCUCCGUCGCCGACGUGGAGGCGUAUCUUGCCGACGCCGACAGCCUCGUGAGGCUGCUUCGCUAA